AUGGCCUGGAAAUAUCUAAUUUGGAUAUAUCUGAUAACAUGUACCAAAAGCUAUGACGAUGCAGAAUGGCGUAGAGGCAAGUCGCCGACGAUCGAGUCUGAUGGCACGUAUAAAAUCCUCAAUAGAUUUGUGAAGCCCUUUAUUAAUAGACGCGUAAUGGAUAGCAGUAUCGUUUUCCCCGAUCUCACGUCAAGAUCGGGCAUUGACCUCUUCUCGCAAAUCCCCGAUGAAUGUAAAACCCUCGGCAUUUGUGAGGAUAUUCCGAACUAUCCAACAGAUAUCGUCUCUAGCGUAAUCCAAGAGAUUGAAAGAGAUAACAUAACGAAAUUCAACAAAGAUGUGUUAGAACCACCCCAAAUCGCUGAGCGAAUAGGGCCUGAAGAAGAGACAAUAGAGUUGUGUUCUUCUACAGAAAAAAUAUUUGUACCAAAAGUAGCGCAAGACAUAAACAAAGACUGGUUCCUAAUUGUCAACGACAAACAGAAACCCCGACAGACGUUUCGAGUUGAAAUUUGCAGGGGUGGUGAGAACGGCGCGUGUUCAUCUAUAGCCUAUUUCCAAAAAGGCUAUGAAGGCAGGUGUGUCCAAAAAUAUGUCCUGCGUAACAUGAUCGCUUUGAACGAUAAGAACGAAGUCAUAGAAAGACCAUUUCAAGUACCCAGUUGCUGUUCCUGUGUCGCUAGAAUUGUGUGA